CCAAUUUGUAUAGCCCGAUGUUGCUCUCCGGUCGCGUUGCCCAGCCAAAGGCGUGUGGGCAUGCUAGCAACAACCCACGCCGCCGGCCAGUUCCAUUUCAAUCAUAUCAUCAGGCGAAUCGAAUUGUGAAAGUUCGGGCACAGGAUGAUGAGCCAAUCAUGGGCAAGUCAAUUGACGCGGCUGGCGCUGGUGCAAGCUUCACAAGCCCUGGAUGGUUGACGCAGCUCAACAUGCUAUGGGGCGGCAAGGGCAACGUGCCAGUUGCCAACGCCCAGCCUGACGACAUCAAGGAGCUGCUGGGCGGGGCCCUGUUCAAGGCGCUGUACAAGUGGAUGCAGGAAAGCGGGCCCGUGUACCUGCUGCCCACAGGCCCCGUGUCCAGCUUCCUGGUUAUCUCCGACCCAGCCGCCGCCAAGCACGUCCUCCGGGCCACCGACAACUCCCAGCGCAAUAUCUACAACAAGGGGCUGGUGGCGGAGGUGUCGCAGUUUCUGUUCGGGAAGGGAUUUGCGGUGGCGGGAGGGGACGAUUGGAAGGUCCGCCGUCGCGCUGUGGGUCCCUCGUUGCACAGGGCCUACUUGGAGGCCAUGUUAGUCCGGGUGUUCGGCCCCUCGUCGGAGUUCGCUGCGGAUAAGUUGCGUGUGGCGGCCAGGUCAGGAACCCCCGUCAACAUGGAGGCCAUGUUCUCACAGCUGACCCUGGACAUCAUAGGCAAGGCGGUUUUCAAUUACGACUUCAACUCCCUGACCAGCGACUCGCCGCUGAUCCAGGCGGUCUAUACGGCGCUUAAGGAGACGGAACAGCGCGCGACGGACUUGCUGCCGCUUUGGAAGGUCCCCGCUCUGGGCUGGCUCAUCCCGCGCCAGCGCAAGGCGCUCCAGGUACGACACUCGACUCUUGUACGGCGCCCUGUCAAAAAAAACCUGUUUUCCCGCAGUGUGUGUGUGUGUGUGUGUUUCGCGUUCGUUGUACUUCUCUGUGCAGCUGCCAAUGGGGAUUUCACAGCCAAGCAGCAGCACCAGUGUCGUGUCGUGCCUUUCCUCAACCAACCAUCAAACCCACCACCCAGCCGCCGGUGUGUGUCUCUCUUUCCCUCCCCCCUUCCUGCAGCUUCACUCGCUCGUGGUUCCGCCCUCACGUGGACCCUGUACCUGCUGGUUCAGAAUCCGGACAAGAUGGCCAAGGCGGUGGCGGAGGUGGAGUCCGUGAUGGGCAGCCGUACCGCCCCCACCCUGGCGGACUACGGCCAGCUGCGGUACGUGAUGCGCUGUGUGAACGAGUCCAUGCGGCUCUACCCGCACCCGCCCGUGCUGCUGAGGAGGGCGCUGGUGGAGGACGAGCUGCCGGGGGGCUACAAGGUCCCCGUGGGCCAGGAUGUGAUGAUCUCCGUGUACAACAUCCACCAUUCGGAGGCCGUGUGGGACAACCCCGAGGCCUUCAUUCCCGAGCGCUUCGGCCCCCUUGACGGCCCCGUGCCCAGCGAGCAAAACACCGACUUCAGGUACAUCCCCUUCAGCGGGGGGCCCCGCAAGUGUGUGGGCGACCAGUUCGCGCUGAUGGAGGCUGUGGUGGCCUUGGCGGUGUUGUUGCGGCAGUUUGAUUUUUCGCUGGUGCCCAACCAAAAGAUUGGCAUGACCACCGGCGCCACCAUACACACAACCGAUGGGCUGUACAUGUACGUCAAGGAGCGCCGUACAUGUGCCGGUCAGGCGGCGGCGGGUGCGGCGGCCGUCACGGCGGGCUGA